AUGCGAGCAAGAAAGAACUCACCUUCAAUUGCUGUAAAGAAAACAACAGAUCAAAAGGAAGAUGAUGAUGAUGAUGAAACACAAACAAAGGAAACUGAACAGGAGAAGAAUGACAUUGAAUCGCCACAAAAAAGGAGGGCUUCACAGAAAUCACCUGUUAAAGUCUUAGAGGAAGAUGAUGAAGAAGACGAGCAGGAAGAUGUUGAGGAAGACAAGGAGGAAGAUGAGAAAGAAAAUGAGGAAGACGAGGAGGAAGACGAGGAGGAUGACAAGUUCGUCAAGGUCAAGGGAAAAAGGAAGAAGUCUAGCCCACGUCUUCCUAAAAAAAGGGUAAAAAAACAAGAAGGAAAAAAGGAGAAACAGGAGAACGAAGAUGUUGUUGAGAUCAAAAAAGAGAGCUGCCAAUACAGGUCUAAUCUCGUCAGCCUUGUACGGCUUCUGAAACGCAGAAAAUUCACUCCUCUCCAUGUUCGUGAGAUCAAAAAAACCCCUUUUGCAAAUCUCUUGUUUGCAAUGACCAAACCGGAAAUUAAUGAACUUUUCGUGAAGAAAAGCGAUGAAAUUACAUUGAAGUUGGUCAAAAAGUACAAAGGGGAGGGACACUUUGAUCUUGGUGGCAAAUUAGUUAAGAUAAGUGUCAAGGAUUUGACACUUAUCUUUGGAAUCAAAUCUGGACCAAUCAAAAUACACCUCCAGGGGAACCCGAGAAGGCCAAAUUCAGAUUUUCUCGACAGAGUCUUCAAAAACCAAAAGGAAAUGUUAGUUUCAAGGAUGAAGAUAUUCUUGAGAAAAAGCUUUUACAAAAGAUUCUACUCAAAGUGCGCAGGACAUCGCACGUGUGCUAAUGAUGUUGGUUCUUGCGACAAUCUUUGUCCCACUCUCACAACCAAAAUUAAGCUGGGCUUACUGUCCAUUCAUUGAGGAUCUCAACACAUCCAUAACGUAUGCAUGGUCAACAUUCAUUAUA